AUGGCAAAGAAGACAUGGUCAUUGAAGAAGGCGAUGAUGACGAAGGAUCAGUUGUGGCCAUGGAAAAUCUCUGGUAUCAAAUGGAAACGUGGUCUUGGUUUACAGUUGAACAUAAUAGACAAUUUGGUCUUCAAGGUUCUCUACGUAGCUGAAGCUAUCGUUCUUGUUUCCACUCUCUGCUUCUUCUAUCUGUGCUGUGGCUGCCACAUAUGA